GACUCGCUCGCUCAUCCACACACACAGGCAGAGGGGGGAUACAGGGAGCCCGAGACAAAACCCCUCUCUCCCAUCAUCCAUGCCUUCUCCCCUCCCCCACCAGCACUGCUCAAAAUGACCCUCAUCCCUUCAAAACGGGCCAAACACCCUAAACCCUACUCCGCCACCCUCCUGCCAGUAUGGCAAAACUUUCUAUCCUAAACUUUAUCCCAUAUCCUUAAAAGCCUCUUCCCCCCCCCCCCCCCCAGCAUCCCCAACAAAGAAGCCGGACCCUUCUCCUGCUGCCUCCAUCCCCACCGCCACCACCGCUUGCUUUUUAACCAAAAUCCCAGGAUUUCAGGGUGAACAAAGAGCACCCCCACUCCCUCUCCUCAACCAUGUUUUUACGAGAGUUCCUCUCAGCUUUGUACAUAAGGAUGCUGAUCACCCUCUGGAAUUUUUGGAUUAUUUCAGCCCUGAGCCUGGAUCCCAUCUACUGGAAUAGCUCCAACAAAAGGUUUCAGGAUGCUGAGGGCUACGUGCUAUAUCCACAGAUCGGGGACCGCCUGGACUUGCUGUGUCCUCGCUCCGAGCCUCGAGGUCCUUUCUCCUCCUCCCCCUAUGAAUAUUAUAAGCUUUACUUGGUGAGCACGGAAGAAGAGGUCGUAAUGUGUUCUGUCCUGCGGACACCCAACCUCCUCCUCACCUGUGAUCGCCCCGGGCAAGACCUCCGCUUCACCAUCAAAUUCCAGGAGUACAGCCCCAACCUGUGGGGUCAUGAGUUCAAAUCCCAUCGGGACUACUACAUCAUCGCCACCUCGGAUGGUACCCUGGAGGGGUUGGAAAAUCUCAAUGGUGGUGUGUGUCAGACCAAAGGCAUGAAGGUCACUUUAAAGGUUGGACAGAGUCCUGAUGGAGGCAACCACCCACGCAGACCUCCAGGGAAAGAUAAAGAUUCAGGAUUCCUGCCGUCAGUACCAAACCCGGACUCCCCAAACUUUACAGGAGAUACAUCCGGCAAUGCAACAAAGACUGGAGAGAACGGUCCACUUCCCAACUCCCAUGUGCCUCUGGUGGCGGGUGCAGCUGGCGGAGCAUUCCUCCUGCUCCUCGUCUUCGGUGUGGUGGGGUGGGCGUGCCACAAACGUCGCCAAGCCAAGCACAGCGACACCAGACAUCCUCCUCUGUCGUUGGGUUCUAUAACGUCCCCGAAGAGAGGCGGGGGUAACAACAACGGCCACGAGCCCAGUGACAUCAUCAUGCCCCUGCGGCCUUCAGAAGGGGGUGCCUUCUGCCCUCACUAUGAAAAGGUCAGCGGAGACUAUGGACACCCCGUCUAUAUUGUACAGGACAUGGCGAGCCAGAGUCCGGCCAAUAUCUAUUACAAAGUAUGAAAAAACCCGCCAUCUAAGGCUUCUUAACCCUAUAGUUUCUUUUUUCUUUUUACGUCAAGUAUGGAGGGUGGGGACUUAUUGUAGGAUAUUUAAAUGGCGGGGGGCAGGACAAUGUGAAAGGGAAGUCUUUACCGCAAAGCCCCACGUGCCCCUGCCACCCAGACGCCGUGCCCGUAUUCCCCAUGACGCCAUAUCACGUCCAGUUUAACCCCUGGGGGAAGGCGCGGUGCGAAUAAAUUCAAGCCCCUUGCCACAAGCGCUGAAGUAUAAUGGGUUAUUUGCCUUACCGGCCGAACGCUUCGCGAAAAAGCCGCAAACCGCCAAUUCCUUCACUGGCUCGGGGCAGGGGUCAAUGAGCGCCAGAUUAGCCAUUUUGAAUCUAUAUCUUGAAUUGUACUUUGAUGCCUCGGAGCGCCAGAGACGAGGACGACAAGCGCCGUUCUCUGUUUUAUUUUUUGUGUUUUUGUAAUUUCCAACCCAAAGCCUUAAAAAGAAAAAAAAACAUAAAUCGCCUUUACCCCCCUCUCCCCCCGUUUCUUACUAUUCGCCUUCUGCAAGAUAUGACUUAGACCGAAGAUUUACACCCUCCUCAGCAGCCGACGUCUUUUAUUAAAAAAAAAUAAUUAACACCUUCCCUUCCGACAUUGUGUCCCCGGAACGCACCGCGAGUCCUGUUUUUUUUUAUGUCUAUUGUUUUGCUGUGAGUAAAAAUCCAGGUUUAAAGGAAAAAGGGAAUGAAAAGAAGAAACACAUUUGUACGCGGCUCCAACUGCGGCCGCGCGUCGGGACACGUUGAAAUAUAGCACCUCGACUGGGGGCACAGGAGAGAAAUAUAGAGAGGGGGGGACCGCGCGUAAUUAAGCUAGGCCCUGUAUCCAUGGUGAUGGAUUGGGACUAUUCGCUCCUCUGUCUCCCCCCCCCCUCUUCUCCUUCCCUGUCUCUGCAUCACUCUCUCCGCUAUGGCAUUAAAGUGUCGGUCGCCAGGGAGACGCGGGAACGAAAAUGAACGAUAAAAAAAAAAAGCGAAGUAGAUGUAGUUUUUACGGCUCAGCAUUUAGAAAGAUAUUUGAAGAUGUCAGCUCCGCGA